UUAUUAAUAAUUUAUACUAUAUCUAUAUAGAUUCUUUAGUUCUCUGUAGUUGGGUUUUUAAUAAAAUAUCCAAUCCUUCUAAUUAAUUAAUUUAACUGAUCUGAUUGUGCAGUGAUGUAUUUGACUUCUUUUCCUAUCAUACUUGUUGUUGUAUUAUAACCGUCAUACAUUAGUAUGAACUCACUAAGGAGUAAGCUACCACUAUAUAGUUAUUUAUUGUCCUUUCAUUCCUUAACUUCCAGGUGAAUUACAUUUGUACAACUAUUUUUAUGUGUGAUAUUUUUUUUUCCCUUUUUGGCUGUAAAAAAUUAUGACGGUCAAGGGGGAGUUGGAUAAAUUAUGACGGUCAAAAGUUUUAGAAAUUACUUAUCACAACUUUUGUUAAUUUCAUUUCAAUAUAUUAACUUAAAUCACAAUGAAUCAAUCUAUGGUUAGUGGAUUCUUCUCAGGAUUAUCCAACAAUGAAUUCUUUCAGCUCAAUCGUUCAACUGUUUCCUAUGUUAUUCUUUCAAUUGCUUACGCAUUUACCAUUAGAUUAAUUUUGAAUGAACAAUUUUCUACAUUGUCGAUUGCUUUCAUUGCUAAUAUGAUGAUGAUUUUGUUAUUUGUUAUUUUGACUUCCGUACCAGAAGUAGAAGGUUGCCAACAUCCAGGAAAGCUCAGUGAUAAUAUUCUUCAAUUCAAAAAUUUAGAUUGUGCUUGUAUUAGAACUUUGAUAUUUAUCUGGGCACUUCUGAUGUUAUAUUUGAUAUUAGUAGUUCAAAUAAUUAAAGGAGUAUUUGCUGAUAAAAGAGAAGGAUUUGAAGAAGAAGAACUCAUAAGAGAAUCCCGUUUAGAAAGAGAAGCCGAAUAUCGUAGACACAUAUAUGAAUCACUUUAUCAAGUAAAUCUUGACUGAAUCAAUUGAUUACAAAAUUCUAUUCCAAAUGCUAUUUUUUAAUAUUUUGCUAAAUUAAUACUAAAGCAAAGUUCGAUUAGUUAUAUGUUUAUAAAUCAUAUUUAUCAUUGUAUAGUUACCAUUCAAAUAAAGCAGCUGUUAAUCAUAUUUUUAUACAUUUUGUUAUAGUUGCCAGAGAACGUUUUGUGAAAAUAUGAUAUUCU